AUGAGUUCCAUGAGCAAAGUUCCUUCAUCCAAGAAUAUGACCAAUGAGUCCUCAGAGGAAAGUGGUUGGACUAUGUACUUUGAGGAUUUCUUUAACAAACAAAAUACUAAUGAUCAGAAAUGUUCUAUGACUUUCUCUGGUGUUGAUCAUGAUAGCUCCUCAUCCCUUGUCUCUGAUGCUGCUUCCUUGGCUCCUACGAAAACAUUAGUUAACAGUGCACAAGCUGAGGAGUGUCGUAAUAGAUUGAGUUUCAAGAAGAAGAAGAAGAAGACCAAAACAUCUUUGGUUGAUGACUCUUUGGAAGAUACUGCAAGUUCUCCUAUCACUAGCCCCAAGGAGAAUGGAAAUACCUCAGGAGAAAGAGAUGAGAGGAAAGAACUACCGGGUUUUAAUGAGAGGGAUAGUGAAUGUACAGAACUGAAGAACAAAGGUCUCUGCUUAGUUCCUUUGUCGAUGAUAGUGAACUAUCUAGGUUGA